AUGCCGGCAAAAAGCCGGAGACGGGGUUGUUCUUUGGACCUCUCCAGCGGGAAUACUCUGAAUGCUGGAGCGCCAAAAGGAGCUGUAGGCGGAGUGUCUAGGGCUGCUGAAGAUGAACUCAGCCGUAGUGUUGCGUCCCCCGCAGACGCCGUCGAACUGCUGUCGAGGAUGCAGGAUCGUACGAAGGAGAUUCAGAGAGCUGAGAAGGAUGCGGACGCUCGUGAGAACCUCGUGAAAACUCGGUACGCUGGAGGUGCUUCAGCUACAGGGGGUACCACCGUGCCUUUUGAUAAAAAUGCGUUACUAACUGACAUGAUUGCUGAAGCACGUUACAAUUUCCUUAAGCUUGAUCAGAAUCUCUCGGAGGAUUACAACAUAGCAACACGCCGUUUACACGCCGCUGUCUUUGGACACACUUCCGACUUUCUGCAACUCUUUCGUGAUGUGAACCGCGCAAGCUCGCUGGUAGAGUCCCUGAAGAGCAGCGUUCAGGGAACGAAGGCUGUCAUAUCGACUAUAAGUAAAUCUGCCACAUGCGGUAGGAAAGGUGGUGUAGUCGAAGAGGGGACCGAUGCUUGCACCUCAUCAGCAUUGGGUUUCUCGAUGUUCAGUAGCGGCUUGGGCUGUAGCAGUGGUUCCAAUGACGACUCCGGCAAUCGUGUUAUCAAACCACGGACUCGACCGAGUCUCAUUGCCACGAACUUAGCGCGCCGGCAGCCCCGAAGGGGCCUUGCUGGUGCUUUUGCAGCUCAACCAAGCAAAGACACCGGCACCCCUGGGAGUGGUGCUGGUUAUAGCAAUAGUACUGGCGGUAAUGCUGACGGUAGGGGGUGGAGUCGAAGUGGGGGAUGUCUUCUUGUGACCACACGCUCCCUCAACACUACGUCGGUGAGUUUAUGGCAGACAAUGAUUUUGUCUGGCGGUGAAUCAGCCGUCGGAGACUCAGCGUUAGGUUAUCACCAUCGAUGGGCUGCGCAGCGAGGCAUUGGAGAAGAAUCGGAUGAUAAGGUUGAGAAGGCUAAGUCUCAGGAUAUUGCUGUGUUUGUGGAUGUGCUGAGGCAGGAAGUGAUGCAAUCGAUUGCAGAGCGACGGUAUAUGGAAACAGCGGAGCUGUUACGCAGUUCAGAGGCAGAGGCUGACGCGAAAGGGUGCUUAUCUCUUGUACUAGAACUGGAGGAGUUACUUGUGCAUUCAAUUCGGAUGCACGUGCAAACCCUUGUCAUGCCACUGAUGUAUAGUGAAAGCCUGCACAUACCACUAAUUCAACUUCUUCUAAGAUUUGGCCGUGUACAAUGUGGAUCGCAGCUGUUCUUCCAUCUACACGCCGUAUGGCUUGAUGCUGAGAUGGAGAAACUCCAGCUUCGUCUCGAUUCGUACAAGGGGACACUCAUCGCGAGUGAUUUUCUUGUGUGUGCCAUACUAGAAGUAUUAGAGAGACAGAAGAACCUGUGGCGCACUGACCCCUCUAUCGGCACUGCUGCUUGUCCUGCUAACGAUAGCAAUGAAGAUGAUAGCGGACUCGAUUCUUCUCCAAAGGCGGGUAACACGAAGCUGGAAAGGACGGGAUCACCGGGAAAAGUAACUGCUACUGACCAUAAUAAUGGCUGCACCAAAUCGGAACCUGUGGUGACACCAAGGAUGCCCCCGAGUUCUACUGCGGUGCUGUGGGUGCAUGACCGUUUGGAUAAAUUUGCGUGUGAGGUACUACAACCACGCGCCUUGAGCCACGGGACGGGGGCUGAAGGUGGUGAUCCCUCGCGGUUCCGGCGAGCUGUUGUUAUGGCAGCUGAUGCCAUUCGGACCGUGCGCCGCCUCGACCGAUUCGGGUUUGCAGGCUGUGACACGCGGUUACUUGUUCUUCUCACCCCCAGUCUCAUGUACUUGCAGACGGACUUCAGUCGCUGCACGAACAGCCGUCUGGCGACAACCGGUAGGGCUAUGAUUGAGCACUUGAUACACGACGUGCGGCACAUAUAUCUCACAAAAGGGAAAGGUUAUAGUGUUAAGAUGUGUGGUGAGGUUGCACGCCGGAACAACAGCGUUUGCCGAGAACUUCAACAACGACUCAAGAUAUUACCACGUUCUUCCUAUGCACUGCUUGCUGAACUUUUGCUUGCCCCAGCUUCCUCAAGGUUAUUCAUGCCUCAGAAUACAGGCAGCUGUGCGACACGCCCGGGCGAGUCUUCCGCGGGCCCGGUGCUCGUACCCGAGCAAUACAGUUUUCUCCGCUAUUCCAACGGCUGCACGCGCGUACACGGACUUCUUCUAACGUCAGUGUUACGUUUCGUAGCGGCCAUGACGGGCUAUGAUGUGCUACCGCUAGAACUCGCUAAACAACAACAGCAAGAAGCUUUGGAGCAACUCGCAAACCAGGCGGAGUGUGCGUCCUUUCUCCUCUCCAACUCACUGGUGAUUGAGUCACUUGACGUAACACUGCAUCGUUUGUUUUUAUCACUUAUGCAUACCACAAUACGGCAGCGUCAGAGCCUCGUGGGAUUUAUGCUUUCUGGAGAGUUCAGUGAAAUGCAUCCGAAAUUUUUUGACUGUGGUUCUCGGUCGUCGUCGUCAACUUAUACUUUAGUGGGCAAUCCGUGGGCACUAAGUGCGAUGCAGCUGAUGCUCGCUGAUGUGUUGAGCACGUCCGUAUGGAUCGCAUACCUUUCUCGUGGUGGGGCGUUGUCGCAGUUACUGCUUUUGCAGAGUGCUCAGGCGUUCCGCGUGCAGUAUGUGGAAGAAUUGCGUCGUGCUCUGCCGCGUAUUGUGCAGGGUUGGAUGGCGGCAACAUUGAGCCUUGGGUAUCGCCUUGACUCUGCGCGAGAUUUGCUUCCUUGCGAUGCCUUAGUUUUCCCUGUUACGGAGGCCGGCACUUCGACUGCACCGAUGACGAUGGCACCGGACAACCGCAUGGUGGAUGCAAGCGAUCCCCGCGACGCGGUCGUGCGGCUGCUCGAGAUAUCGGCCGUCAACGAGUCGCGGCUCGCUCCCUUUUUGCUGUCGCUUGUGCAAAACUCGUUCACCUCGGGCUCCAGUACUGCGGAGGAAGCGGUAUUGCUGUGUGCCCCGUUGCCGAUGCCUACGUCACCGCUUUGGUGCUUACGAAGUAGGAUUGGUAACUAUCCGAAGUUCCCCAUAGGACGCAAAUUUAACCACGACGACGAGCUGUUUUUGUUUCACUUGUUUGUGCAAAUAAUGUUGAACGUUUUGGCUUACUUCCAGGAGCAUUUGCUUGUUCCCAGCUAUGUUGUGAAUGAAAGAUGGGCUUCUGCGCGACCCAAUUCACCUUCUGAUGGUGAUACUAGCCCUCAGUCUCCAGGGUACACGUCAAAACGAUGCCCUUCGCGAGGUUGUGUGUCCCCUCAAACGGAGUCUGUCGUAGCCAUUUUAUCGGCUGGUGGUGGGAAUUAUGUUGGUGCCGUUGCUCUCUUGCAGUUCAUUAUAUAUCGCCUGCUUCGGGAUGUGUUGUGUCGGCCGCAGACGUGGAAUGUGGUGUACGGCCUUCCCCCAGAAGCCAGCCGCUGGGCCGAAAAUAUGGUUCGGCAGCAAGUGUUCUUUUUUGCAUUGUUCGUGCGGUUCUGGUCGCCUCUCUUCGUUGGAGGUGUGAACUUUCCGGUGGCGGCCGGCCGCCCCCCGGGAUCGGGGAGUGAUGAGAAUGCAGAUGGCAUUUCGUCUAUGCUUAUCCUUCAGUGGCUAACGUGUACUGGAGGUUGUCAAGGAAAGCAGCAACAUGGUAAAGGACCUUAUGCUUUUGACAUCGAGGCUUUGGCCUUCCCGCCUAACACCGUGGAAUCAAGGGAAAGGGUGUAUAUACGCGAAACUAACUUAGGUGGGGUGUCCGGCGCUGCAACACCACCUGAUGAUCAACAGUCGGAGGGGGCAGGGCAGAAGGAAGGUAGCAGAAAAUCCGCGGAGGAUUCCACGGCCGGCAGUGAUUUUAGUCCCCCCUGCACCCCUAAUGAAGGCAAAAAUGAUUUAAGUAUGCUCAUGCUGGGGUUGAUUGGCUCUUUCUUUGAUUCUCAAGGGGAGUCACGGGCCAUGCCGGCCAUAAACUCGGACCUCACAAGGAAUCGAGUGGAGAAGCUGAUGUCUUCAUUGAAUUUGUUGAGUGUUGUUAAUAAGGAGGUGUUGGCUGAGAAGGGUGGUGCGGAGGGAAAGGACAGCGAUGAUGAUGAUGAAGAUAGGGAGGAAUCUCCAUGUGGCACAAGGGAAGAACCGGUCGGUCCCAUUAGCAAAAAAGAAGACUCAGCGAAGGAACAAACUUUUAAGGAGCCGCUACACUCGCGAACAGGAGGUGACACCAGUAAAGGAGGUGUGACACUGUUUCACGUGUACAAUAUGUUGCUACACUACCUUGCGCCGCUAACAUGA